CAAGCCUUCCUCUUAUUCAAUCCACUGUAAUAUCUUCUGCCUUACCCGACCGGCUCGCCAUGGUAUUGCUCCGCGCGCUUGGAACAUCCAUCCAUUUCCCGCGGCCUUAGGUUCUCUCUCGUCUCUUAUCCAGAGAUGGCUGCGAAGCUACUUGCCGGGACGCCGAGGUUGUCGCUACCGCCUUGUUCCGUGAGAUUUAUCUCGGAGAAAGCUUUCCUCGGGGGCGACUCUCUCAUUGGCUUCCUUCCCGCUGCACCUGGUCAAGUUGCCAAUGAAAGGUUCAAUACCAUCAUAUCAAGAAGAUUAUCCGGGUUAGAAGAAGCCUUGAGAAUUAAGAGGUUACGAGAGCUACAGGAUAAUACAAAAUCAAGAAAGAGGCAACCAUUGAGGCGUGGGAAGGUUUCUGGACGUCUUCCUGUGCCAGAUCAUAUUCUGAAGCCUCCAUAUGUUGGCUCGAACAAGUUGCCAGAACUCUCUAGUGAAUAUCAAAUUCAUGAUGAUGAGGGCAUUGCUGAAAUGAGAGCUGCCUGUGAACUUUCUGCUCGAGUACUGGAUUUUGCAGGAACGAUGGUCAGGCCCUCUAUAACAACAGAUGAAAUUGAUAAAGCAGUGCACAAUAUGAUCAUUGAUGCUGGCGCUUAUCCUUCACCUCUUGGAUAUGGUGGUUUCCCUAAAAGCGUAUGCACAUCUGUUAAUGAAUGCAUGUGUCAUGGUAUACCCGAUUCACGCCAGCUCCAGGAUGGUGACAUCAUAAACAUUGACGUGACUGUCUAUCUUAAUGGCUACCAUGGUGACACCUCAAAGACCUUUCUUUGUGGAGAAGUUGAUGAACGCACAAAAAAACUUGUAAAGGUGACUGAAGAAUGCUUGGAAAGAGCCAUAUCUGUUUGCAAAGAUAGCGCUGCUUUUAAGAAGAUUGGAAAGAGAAUAAGUGAGAUUGCUGAAAAACACGGCUAUGGUGUAGUCGAGAAGUUUGUUGGCCAUGGUGUUGGAAAUGUCUUUCAUUCUGAACCAAUUAUCAUGCAUCAUCGUAAUGAUAAAUCUGGUUUUAUGGUUGAGGGUCAAACAUUUACAAUCGAGCCAAUUCUUACCAUGGGAACCAUUGAAUGUGUGACAUGGAAUGAUGGCUGGACUACCCUCACCGCAGAUGGGCUUCCUGCUGCACAAUUCGAACAUACAAUUCUGAUUACCAAAACCGGCGCUGAAAUUUUAACAAAGUACUAACAUCUGGAACCUUGGCAUAACUCCAGUCUAAAGCUGAUUUAUGCUUUGUUUGGGACGGCUUUCUUUUUGCUUCUUGAAGCAGCUUUCUAAUUUAAAAAUUAAAAUUUUCGAAUUAAAAAACUGCUUUAAGAAGCAGUGAGAAAGUCGUCCCAAAUGAAGCCUUAAAGAGCUAUCUUAUAGAUUACAAUGAAGAGGAUCUCAGUGGCCUGAUUCCAGCAUGUACACUAUCAAAGUUGUUGGAGACAAUUACAGCUGUUACGAUGUCAGAAUGUGAUGUGUUCCUCUGGGUUCUUUACACAAGAAUUAAUGUGAAUUUCUUCAAAUAUAUGGGGCAACAGAAUUCUAAAUGUUGUAAUCUGAAUUAUGUAUUUUGUUUAGAAAGCUAUUUUUUCAUGUAAAAUACAUAUUAGAUUAUAGAUCAAUCAUUAUUGGUAGAGCU